AGAUUUUCUUUUUGCCCUGCUCCAAGAUGGACGGCCCCGGGGACGGGGGAGGCCGCCGUGGGGGAGCACGUGGCGCGCCGGCCGCCGGCCGCGGGGCUGCUGGGACUGCGGCGGGGCCGGAGGCGGCGGAGGCGGGGCCGCGGCCGCCCGCGAGAGGCGCCCGGACGGCGGCGGCCCAGCCUCUUCUCUCCUCGCGCAGCGCGGCGGCCCCCGCCCGAGGCCCGCGUCGCCAUGGCCGCGGUUCCCGAGUCGCUGCAGCAGCAGGACGAGGAUCGCAGCAAGCUGAGAUCUGUGUCUGUGGACCUGAAUGUUGACCCCUCACUUCAGAUUGAUAUACCUGAUGCCCUCAGUGAGAGAGAUAAGGUGAAGUUUACAGUGCACACCAAGACAACUCUGCCCACUUUUCAGAGCCCAGAGUUUUCUGUUACAAGGCAACAUGAAGACUUUGUGUGGCUGCAUGACACUCUCAUUGAAACUUCGGACUAUGCAGGGCUUAUUAUACCCCCAGCUCCAACAAAGCCUGACUUUGAUGGCCCUCGGGAGAAGAUGCAGAAACUGGGAGAGGGUGAAGGGUCUAUGACCAAAGAAGAAUUUGCCAAGAUGAAGCAAGAGCUGGAAGCUGAGUAUCUCGCUGUCUUUAAAAAGACUGUUUCCUCACAUGAAGUUUUUCUUCAGCGCCUCUCUUCACACCCUGUUCUCAGUAAAGAUCGAAACUUCCAUGUGUUUCUGGAGUACGAUCAAGACCUAAGUGUAAGGCGGAAGAAUACUAAAGAGGUGUUUGGUGGCUUUUUCAAAAGUGUGGUGAAAAGUGCAGAUGAAGUUCUGUUUUCCGGAGUUAAGGAGGUAGAUGACUUCUUUGAGCAAGAGAAGAAUUUUCUCAUUAACUAUUACAAUAGGAUCAAGGAUUCCUGUGCAAAAGCGGACAAAAUGACCAGAUCUCAUAAAAAUGUUGCAGAUGACUAUAUUCACACUGCAGCCUCCCUGCAUAGCCUGGCUUUAGAAGAGCCCACUGUCGUUAAAAAGUAUCUGUUGAAGGUUGCUGAGCUAUUUGAAAAGCUGAGGAAAAUAGAGAGCCGCGUGUCCUCAGAUGAAGAUUUAAAGCUAACAGAGCUCCUUCGAUACUACAUGCUUAACAUAGAGGCUGCUAAGUCCUACAAGGCCAUGCCCAGCAGGUAUUCUAGGAAUUUUGUCCAGGAUCUUUUAUAUAGACGCACCAAAGCCCUCAUUGACUAUGAGAAUUCAAACAAAGCCCUGGAUAAAGCUCGACUGAAAAGCAAAGAUGUCAAGCUGGCUGAGACGCACCAGCAGGAAUGUUGCCAGAAAUUUGAGCAGCUCUCUGAAUCUGCGAAAGAAGAAUUGAUCAAUUUCAAACGAAAGAGAGUGGCAGCAUUUAGAAAGAAUCUAAUUGAAAUGUCUGAACUGGAAAUAAAGCAUGCAAGGAACAACGUUUCCCUCUUGCAGAGCUGUAUUGACUUGUUCAAGAACAACUGAUCUGCAUCUUCUGCGUGAAGGACACGAAUGUGAAAGAAAGCUGGCAUCACUUGCACUUAAAUCAUUACCACAGGAGAUUUACUACUUUUUAGUUUAAAAUUAUGUGAAUAAAUACUUUGAUUUCUAAAAAUCUUAACAUUUAACCAUGUUGGUUUUACAAGUAUUUCUAUUGCCUGCUAUUUGGACUUAACUAAUCUUUCUUAUGCAUUUAAUACCUCAAAGUGGACAGACUUUAAAUACUGGGUUUUCCUGCUGUUUGUCUUUAGUUAGAAAGGAUUUGGGAAAAAUGUGCCUUCUUGAGAAACAAGUAUUAGGAAUUUUCCGGCACAUACUUGUCUCACUGUUUUAUGUGUGCCCAUGUUGCUACAAACCUUGCUACUUUUACUUCAGGGUGGUUGCCAGAUUUCAAUAAGAUUCAUUCAGCUGCUUGUUAACAGGAAACAUUCCAUUCUCAGGCAGAUUUUCUCCUUAGUCUCAUGGUUCUUUAGUCACCCAAGUGUUUUUUUACUAUUAACAUCAAGAAAGUCUCAUUUAUCUUUAUAUACAUCCUUUGCAGCUCCAUUUUUGUAGUUGGAAUAUAAGUAUUUGAUGGGGGGUAUUAAAAAUGAAAAAAAACAUGGCCUUCUGAAGGUUGUCAGAUCUACAUUAAGAUGUAAACUCUCCCUGAUGGAAUGUGUUAUGUUUGGAUUUUUUAAUAUAAAAUAUAAUAAAAUAAUAAAUCAUGCUUUC